AUUCAAAUCGAAUCCAAAACAGUUGAUAUGAAUCAGUUUCAGAAUCGAACCAUAAUUCGAGUCGGCGAUGAAGGAUCGCAGCAUUCGGGUGUGUCAUCGCAUCGCAGUGAUUCGUCUCUAGUCAACGACGUCCCUCCAUCAGCUCCUGCUGGUGCGUCCGUAUCUGCUCAAGAGAGUAUUCAUCGACCAAUCAAUGAUGAGAUGGCAACGUUACGUCGUAGUAGAUUCUCAACGUUGCGUACUACAAAGCUGAUUUCGAAAGAGAUGGAAGAACACAAUCGAGAGAAUAAUAUUUACGAGCAAAUGAGUGGUUAUAAACGAUUGAGACAGCAGCAUCGAAAAGAACUGAAACAGUUGGAAGAGCGAUGUGCGGUAGAAAUGGAGAUGUUGAAGCAGAAAACAGAUAAGGAAUAUGAACAGCUGAUCAAUAAUUUUAGUAAAGAAUUGCAAAGGGUUCGGAACAGUCAAAAUGCUGAAAAGGAUAAAAAGUCGCGUGAAUUCGACGACAUGGAGAAGAAGAUGCGAAGACAAUUAACAUCACAACAAGAAAACGAAUUGAAAGCAUUCUCAAACGCUCAGAAGAAGGAGUACAAAUACAACAAAGAAAGAGCGAAAUCGGUUUAUACUCUUUCCCUAAAUAUCAUUCGUUUUCCUACCCGAACCGUCUACGAAACUGCACUGAAAGAAAGGAAAGCCAUAUUGAAUGCACGCCGAUCGGACGCAGAAGCUGGUUUUGUACGUGAACAACGUUUAGCGAUGGAGGGUGAGAUCAGAAAGCUGAGGAGGACACGAAUGACAACAUUACAUGAACUUGAAGAGAAAUUAGCAGCUGAGGAAUUACGUGUUCGUUCUGGUCAACUAGAAAUGAGUCAUGCGUUAUUGAGAAAACAUCAUGAACAAACCAAGGAGUUGGAGUAUGCUCAACUGAACGAGUGUCAGCGUAUGAAGAGACGGCAUAUGGACGCACAGCACGAAGCUGAAACGUCCAAUCAACUGCAAUAUAAUCAACGUGCUCAAGAUGAAUUACUCAAGAAGCAUGCCCUGCAGUCUAAACAACAACCCAAAGAGCUUAAGGUUAGCGUUUAUCUU